AUGAGUUCAUCUGAUUUGAACACAGGAAACCUUCAACAAUGUUAUGAAAAUAUCAAUGGAUCCUGCACAAGAACUCCACGGUUAUUUACUGAACAGACAUUACUUUACAUUAUCUUUACCUUUGUUGAUGUUCUCUGUGUCACUGGAAACUUGAUGGUUAUUAUCUCAGUCUCUUAUUUCAAACAACUUCAUUCAUCUUCUCACUUGCUUGUUCUCUCACUGGCAUUUGCAGACUUUUUAUUGGGACUUCUUGUACUCCCUUUUAAUAUUAUCAGAUUCAUUGAAUCCUGCUGGUACUUUGGAGAAGAAUUUUGCAGACUUCAUACUUGUAUUGAUGGGAUGUGUUGCCUGGCAUCUAUUUUUCAUCUUUGCUUUAUUUCUAUAGAUCGUUAUUAUGCAGUUAGUGACCCUUUAACAUAUCCUAUAAAAUUUACUGCAUCAGUUACAGGCUUCUUUAUAGGUAUAGGGUGGCUGUUGCCUGUAAGUCAUUCACUAACUCUCGUUUACUCAAAUGCAAAUAAUCAUGGAAAUGAUGAUUUUAUUGCAGCUCUUCCAUGCAAAGGCAGUUGUCAGUUAAUGUUUACUAAAUUAUGGGUGCUGUUAAACAUGUUAAUAUUUCUCAUUCCCUUUAUAGUAAUGCUGGGCAUGUACUCUAAGGUGUUCAUUAUUGCAAAGAAACAAGCUAGAAUGAUAGAAAGUGCAGCAUGUAAAACUGUCAGUGUGGAGCAAUAUAAUAACCAAGUAGCAAAGCGAGAACGAAAGGCUGCAAAAACAUUAGGCAUAGCUGUUGGGGCAUUUGCCAUAUGCUGGUUUCCAUAUUUUGUAGAUAGCAUGAUUAACACACUUUUUAGUGUUAUCACACCUCAGGCUGUUUCAUAUACCUUUUUAUGGAUUGCUUAUCUCAAUUCAGCAUUAAAUCCAUUGAUUUAUGCUUUCUUUUACCCUUGGUUUCGUGAAACACUUAAGCUUAUUCUGACCUGCAAGAUUUUGAAAUCUGAUUAUUCUGACAUAGAUUUAUUCAAUGACUGA